AUGUCGUACAAUCAAAGUCGAAGAAGCGGUACCCCACCCAGCGAGUGGACAUAUUACCUCGGGCAUUAUGGAGAUCGUAUUGAUAUCCCUCCUGAAGCAUCUAUGCCACCGGAAGCUGAGUCAGAAGCCAGUACAGUAACUGCCAAUUCUCCUCACCCUUUCAGUUGUGAAGCAUCUGAAGCCCCUAGAGAACCCGAACCUUCGAUCCCAGUUCAUGUCUCGUCAAGCUCGACCAAUCUUGAUAGAUUCUCUCUCGAGGACGCAACUAAACUCGCGAAAGACAUCAACACCAAUCAGCUGGUCAGCCUUGAAAGCUACAUAUCAAGUGGAAUCAACCCCUGCCAGUCGUCCAGACACCAAGACAAACAUAGACCUUACAAACCUCUCAGACACCUUCAUAGCUCUCUUUAUAGUAAAGUUGGAAAACCCUGGCUCAAAGAUGGCUGUGCAAGCUCCGAAAUCUGUCGCAAACACUUGGUUAAAACGCACAUGAUCUGGGAGACAGAAGCUGAGAAGCUAAAGCAGAUUUAUGAAGAUCAUAAAAUUAAGCUGGCAAACAUGGGCCGUUCAGAUGGUGCUGGUUCUACCAAUUCUUGA